CGACCCCUUCGGCCACUGUCGCAACUACAAAGACCACGAAUUGCGACUCCUCUUUACCUCAGAAUCCCCUCCUAUCACUCACAGACACCGCCUGUCGAAAUGGCUCCCAAGACGAGGUUCGAGCUCAAGACCGCCAAGGGCACCAAGGAUUGGAGUGGCAAGGACAUGGUCAUCCGAGACAAGAUCUUCAGCACCAUCACCGAAGUCUUCAAGCGCCACGGCGGAGUCACCAUUGACACUCCCGUCUUCGAGCUCAAGGAAAUCUUGGCUGGCAAAUAUGGCGAGGACAGCAAGCUCAUCUACGACCUCGCCGACCAGGGCGGUGAGCUGUGCUCGCUGAGAUACGACCUGACGGUCCCCUUUGCCCGUUUCCUGGCGAUGAACAAGGACAUUCAGAACAUCAAGCGCUACCACAUCGCAAAGGUCUACCGCCGAGACCAGCCUGCCAUGACCAAGGGCAGGAUGCGAGAGUUUUACCAGUGCGAUUUCGACAUUGCUGGCAACUAUGACGCCAUGUUGCCCGACGCCGAAGUCAUUCGCAUCAUCACGGAAGUCUUUGAGGGGCUGGGCUGGAACGGCGCUUACACCAUCAAGCUCAACCACCGCAAGAUCCUCGAUGGUAUCUUCCAGGUCUGCGGUGUCCCCGAGGCCAAGAUCCGAACAAUCUCUUCCGCAGUCGACAAGCUCGACAAGCUGCCGUGGGCGGACGUCCGGAAAGAGAUGACCGAGGAGAAGGGUCUGGCUGAGGAUGUCGCAGACCGUAUUGGAGAAUGGGUGGUUCUAAGAGGCCGCCACGAUCUGCUCGAAAAGCUGCGCAACGAUGAGAAGCUGUCGGCCAACGAGUCUAUGAAGCAGGGCAUCGAGGAUGUUUCUCUCCUCUUUGAGUAUCUCGAGGCCUUUGAUGCUUUGGACAGGGUUUCAUUUGACCUUGGCCUGGCUCGCGGUUUGGACUACUACACCGGCCUCAUUUAUGAAGUCGUCACUGAAGGCUCUGCCCCCGAGGCGACUCCCGGAUCGGAAGAUGCCGCAAAGGCAUCCAAGAAGAAGUCCAAGGGCAAAGGGGACGACGAGGACCGAUCCGAUGACCCCACCAUCGGUGUCGGAAGUGUGGCCGCUGGCGGUCGAUACGACAACCUCGUUGGCAUGUUCUCCGGAAAGAACCAGAUCCCCUGUGUCGGCAUCUCCUUUGGUGUCGACCGUAUCUUCUCCAUUACCAAGGCCCGCAUGGCAGCGGACAAGUCAGUCGACCAGGUGCGAGGCAAUGAGGUCGACGUCUAUGUCAUGGCGUUUGGAGGAAAGGGACUGGUCAAGGAGCGCUUGGAGAUUUGCUCAAAGCUCUGGAAAGCCGGCAUCAAGGCCGAGUUCCUUUACAAGACCAAGCCGAAGAUGCAGGCUCAAUUUAAGGCUGCCGAGGCCAACAGCGUUCCUUUCGCCAUCUUCAUUGGUGAAGACGAGCUGGCUCAAGGCAAAGUCAAGAUCAAGGAGAUGGGCCUCAAGGAUGGACACCCCGAGAAGGAGGGUGUGCUGGUGGACAUGACGCGCAUGGCGGAAGAGCUCAAGUACCGGAUACAGCGCAAGCGGGAUCUGGAGAGCAUCACGAUACAGGCUGAGGGCCUCAGGGUGGUGGACGGUAUCAAGGGCGACCAGGCAGCCAAGGCCAAGGCCGCGGAGGUGGUGGAGGCUCCCAAGGCGGAAGAGACCCCAGCGGCGGAUGCUACCGAGACCCCGGCUUCAUAGACGAUGCU